AUUCCGUCUAUUCAGCGCACUCUGCGAUUGCCAUUGGCUCAUCGCUAUGGAAGUCGUCGUUCAAAUCCUCGAUUUGCCACCACCAUCAUCAUCGUCGUCAUGAUCGAUCAUGAUCAAUCCACUGCUCGUUGAACAAGGGACCCCUCUAGGGCUGCAGGACCUGGAGGGGGGAGAGUGAGAGAAGAGGAGAGGGCAUGGCGAUGUCCGAGGCGGGCCGCGCCUUCAGCGAGCUGGGCCAGCUCCUGGGACUGGACUUCUCCGCGCGCGACCGCACGGACGUGGCGCCCCACACAUUCCUCUUCUCGCCCAGGGUCCGGGAAGCGGCGGCGAGGGCCGGCGCAGAGGCGGAGGGUGACGUGACGCGCUGGCUGGAGGAGGCGACGCGGAGCCUGCGGCUAGGGGACCCCGUGGGGCUACGCGCGGCCAUCGAGGCCGGGGUCGGGGUCAUCCGGGAAGAUGGCCUUGGGGUCAGCGGCCUCGGGACCGGGGCGGCGGGCGCGGGCGACCCCCGGGGCCGCCAGGGGGCGGCCGGGAGGGGGUGGCUCUUCCUGCAGCUGCUGGGCGCUCGAUCCCUGCGAGAGGCGCUGGAGCCCCUGCGGUCAUGGCGGUCCAUUCCCCGGCGUCAACUGGCCUGCUCCGCUUGCCUCCUAGCUGCCUGCUCGCUCUCCCGGCCCGUGGCGCGGCACCUGUGGGGCAGUAGGGAGCGGGUCCUGCGGGCCCUGCUGGAGGUGGUGGGCGAGGGCGGCGCCCGGGGAGCGACGGAGGCGAGCGAGAAGGCGGCCGCCGGGGGAGAAGGGACGGGCGGAGGAGAUGGUGGGGGCGGAGAGGGGUUGCUGAAUGGAGGUGGAGAGAGCGUGGGAGAGACGGACGAGGAGGGCGACUGCGACUGGGGCGCGGUCGCCGCCUCCAUGGCGGCCGAGUGCCUGCUGAACGUGUGCGCGGGAGACGCGGCGGCACCGCGGAGACAUCUCCCUCCUGGCGCCCCCGCCGCUUCCGGCAUCCCGUCCGGGCGACGGAAGAAGCCGGACGAGAAGCCGGAGGAGGUGGAAGAGGACGAGGAGGAGGAGGAGAAGAAGAAGACGGAGGAGGAGCCGGAGCCGCUGACGCCGUCAGGAGGGGAUGAGCGGGUGACGUGGCUCCUGUCGGCCGGCGCUCUGCCCCACGCCUCAUCGGCCCUCGCCUCGGAGCGCCCGGCCCUGCUCAUCGCGGCGCUCAAACUCAUCCUGCUGGUGCACGACCUGGCGGCGUGGGGCCCCGCCAAGGCCCACGGCUCCCCCAGCGCUGCCGGCAGCGACGACGGCCGGCGACGGCUGGGGCGGACUCAGGCGUCCCUGGAGCGGGCGAGGGAGGCGGUGGCGGCGAUGUCGGCAAGGCGCGCCGCCCGGCUGGCGGUGUUGGCGGGGGAGGAGGAGGAGGAGGAGGAGGAGGAGCGCGGGUACCUGAGGCUCUACGUGGAGAACCGCAGCGUGGGACGCCUCGCUGGAUUCCUCACGCUGCCCGCGCCGGUGGUCGGGACGCCCGGCGCCGACCUGGGGCUGCGCUACCGUGAGCCGGCGCUGCCGGAGCCGGAGGUGGUCUGGUGCGGCCGGGCGUCGUGCGGCUCCCGUGCUGCCGGGCUGCUGCGCUACCGCGUGUGUGGCCGCUGCAAGUUGCUGCGCUACUGCUCCGUGGCGUGCCAGCGGGCCGACUGGCGCGACGGCCACAGGGCUCGCUGUGUGGCACCGCCGCCACCGCCGCCGCCGCCGCCGCCCUCCAACGGGGAACCGGAGCGGCACCUCAGCGACGGCUUCCUCGAAGGGACGCCGUGAGCGGGGCACGCGUAGGCCGGCAGGACGCCGCUGGUGCCCCCAUGGACCCGAAGGACCCGGGCGCCAGCCAAGGGCAGGAUAGCUCGCCGCGGUGGCGAGAUGUUAACGACCUCGCCUGGUAUGCGGGAGCUCGUGGGUUGGAGCCCGACCAUGAUGCCUGUAUAUUUGGAGUUUGCGUGUCUCUGCCCCCGUGAUCACCGUUUUUUUUUCCUCCACAUUUAGAAUCCACGCGCGUUCAGAGCAUUUGGCCGCUAUAAGUAUCCACGUGAUGGAUGAGCCACUUCGUCGGGCUAUCAUUUUGCGAUAGCAAUGUCGCUUCUGCGAAAAAGAGCCGUGUGGCUCAAUGGGCACUUACCUGUUCAAGAAAAAUGGUCGACGUAAUAAUAAUGGGGGAAGAGGCAGAGCAACCCGGCUGUGGACUUUCAUGUUUGUGGGCUCUGGGUCAGCCGUCCGCCCGGCCUCGCCGACCUCUCCCGUGUUACGUGCCUCAUUUCGCGUCUCUCUCGCCAGGCGUCAACUCUCCUCCGUCCCGUUGCUCGUGUCACGUGUCCUGACGCUUUCCGUUUUUUUUCCCACGCUCGCCUAUCUCGCGUGUCCUCGUCCCUGCCCUUGGUAAUUUGCCUCGCCCGUCUGUCUCUCCGUCCCACCUUAGAGUAAAGAUUGGCGCUGUGAGGACAUCCCCCCCCCCCCCCCCCGCCUGAAAAGGGGCCCUGGGCCAGCGGCUUCUGGCUAAGCCGUUGAACAAAGAUGGUCGCUGCAUCGCGCGGCGCUUUCCGAUGCGCUUCUGCGGCCGUUUGUGAACGCUCUUCCGAUGUUCGGAUGCCACUGGAGCCGUGCACUUUCAAAUCGUCUACAUUUGCAAACUCACUUCUCAAAAAGUGCUCCUUGUGUUUAGUUUGUUGUCUUUCCCCCACACCUCCGAUUAGCGCGGUUGGCUACGAACGAUGCAAAAUAAGUUCCAAUGCAAGUGGGUGGUCACGAGCCGGUGGAUGAAGCUCCACAUUCCUAUGCCAAGGACUCGGUAUACUGACAAGACCACCAAUGACUUGUCAUCCAGUUGCCAUCGGCUCUUGUUUUAUUUUAAAUUAGGACGAUGCUCGUUUUACAGACCUUGGUCUAAAUUAUUUUUUAUCGCUUGCUCAGCCUUUUGCUCGUCUCACUCGAGCUGUUGGUUGAAGUUUGACCUUUUUUUUACCGUCUCGUUAACCGCUUGUAGUCGCUUGGUAUAGGUUGAAAACUCACUUCUUCAGAACAGUUUUUUGUGUUUAGUUUGUUGCCCUUUCUCUGUACCUCCGAUUAGCACGGUUGGCUACGUACGGUGCGAAAGAAGUUCCCCUAUAACGCCGUGUGUUUUCAUCACGUGAAUUCGAUAGAACGCGAUGAAUAUUUUGAGUGAGGAAUGCGAAUUGGAUAGAACGCGAUUGAGUGAAUGGAACUAGAAAUAAGCGGUCGUACCGCUGCCUCCGUGUAGCACAACACAAGGCAUUGGAAUGCUGCUGGAUGCUUCAAGAUGCUGCCCACGUGCCGCAGUCUCUGUUCAGCCUGCGUAAGCAUCCCACGUGUUAUCGCGGACUGUGCUUUUCAACCCUGUAUUAAUUUGUAUAACACGAUUUUUCCAUAACGCGGUUUUCUUCAGGAACGCAACUACUCCCGCGUUAUGGGAGAACAGACUACGUACGUGCGUACUGUCAUCGCCGCCGGUGAGCGAGAGAUUUUGCCGCUGCGUGGAUUGGCACGGGGCGGACGGAAACCGGGUGCCAGUGAUCGCGCGGCAGAAGACACGCCACUGUAGAGACGCCCACUAGGCAAAGGCGCCGACUACGCGGGCAAGAAGGAAUCGACGAUGCAGGGCUCCUGAAACCUUGCACCCGGAUUGUCCCUCGCGAUGGAGCAUCUCAAUUGAGAUGGGCUGGAGGAGGCAGUUUGGGAUGUUAACUACCUCGCCCUGGUACCCAGGAGGGGGCAUGGGUUUGAUCCCGACCCUGACGCCUGGUGUGAAUUUUUUUUAUUUUUCUCCCGAUGGUCUGAUUUUUUCCCUCCACGU